GCUAGUUCCAUUGUAUUGUUGCCUUUAGUGUAUUACGGCUGGGCAGACGUAGCGCUCAGAGCGCUAGCACUUCUUUUAUUUCUUCUUUCAUUUCUUCUUUCACUGUAAACACAUUUUAAAAUGUCCUUUACGUCUUCUCAUAACAACUCGCUGGACGACAGUUUCUCUCCCUCCCCACAGGACGACCUGGGUUCUCAACGGUUGUCCUGGGGGAAUCUGGUGCAGAAACUAACCGUACUCAAGAGGAUCAAUCAACGGUUGGCAGACAAAGAUCAUUGCAGUUGGAACAGUGAAACUGGAUCAGUCACAGACAUGUCCAUGAUAUCAGAGUCCGAAAGUGGUCUCUUCUACAGCCCGUUGGAGGAAUCUGUCUGUGCCCAGGUUGUAAAGACCAUUGUCGAGAGCCUCUCCGACGCUACAAACACUGUCCUGUGCUGCUCCAAACUGGUCCUACCAGAUCCUCUCCUGCACAACAUCAGUCGGGAACUUCUCCAUCUGGCUGCUAGUGAGCCUUGCGGCCUCAAGGGGGCGCUCAUUGAUCUGUGUGUGGAGCAGGGGGACCAACAAGGGGAAUUGGGGGGGAAACUGUGUAGUGUGGAGCAGAUAGCCGUUGACCAUAACCUGGUUCCUACCUUCCAUCUCACCCUCGUGCUACGGCCAGAGGUGGGGGGGUUCUGGCCCAAGGUGCAGAGGCUCUUUGGGGGCCGGGUGGCUGUGUCCCCCCAGAGGCAGAGUGGGAGACACACACUCAGGCUCAGUACCGGGUUCAGGGCUAUCAAAAGAAAGCUGUAUAGUUCAGGAGAGCUGCUCAUUGAAGAGUGCUGACCUGGCCAGAGCUAUGGGUGUUUUGUAGUAGAUAUCAGACCUGGGUCUAAUAAUACACAUCUGAAAUACUUUGAUAUACUUAGUAUGAUGCACUUUGUUUGGUUUGCCCGGUACAGUGGAACCAAUGUAAUGGUCCCAAAAGUGUAAAUCAAGCGCACUUCAAUACUUUGACUCUGGUCUGAUGUAUAUAAUAUUGUCUAUGACUGGACUGAAGAAAACACUACACAGAGAAGCCUUGUAUGGCUCUGUGUGAUAGCAGAAGUGAAUUCAGCUAUUCCAAUGUGGUCACCAAUGUAUGUAAAGAAAACUCACUCUACUUCUGAGGGUGUGUAGUGACAUUGAAUAGUCAAAUUCUGAAGAAGAUACUCAAGAUUUUGCAACAAUGUUUACCAUGUUGCAGUUUUAUAAAUGCAAAAAUGUAUUGAAUGUCUUCUAGGGAACACAUCUUAUGGCAGCUUUUCCACAUCAAUUGAUGUGGGGACAAUCGAAUGUAAGAUAUGGGCAUUAAGAAAAUGCAAAACUGCUGUUUUUGAACCAUGGAUUUUAUUAGACGGUCUUUAUUUGAUACUCAAAUAUUCACCUGAACUGCUUUUUGUACUUCCAAGAACUUGAAACUGUGGAACUAAAAUAAACCAUUAAAAAAAAAAUGCCAUGUGAAAUAUUUUGUUAAUGGAUCAUGAGUCUGUAAUAAAAUACAACCACAAUAGGUCAUAAAUAUAAUGAUAAAAAGACAUUUGUUUUAUUUUAGCAAUCAUUUUUAAUACUCGGCUCAAUAAUCUACCGGGCUUCAAGCAAAUCUACAGGGUACAUUCAAUUAUCAGCUACAUAAUUCCAUCUAGCCUGUGUUAUAUAAAUGUAUAGUGCCUAUAUAGGUAUUAACUAUAAAUGUUAUACAAAAAUUGGCUCAUGUCUAUCCUGAAAGGCCUUGAGUUGGUUCUUCUAAAUAUUUAUCAAAGCAUAAUUGGGAAAGAGCUUUUAAUAGUAUCAUUCAAAAAUACAUUUAAUCUCUUUUUCCAAAAAAACAUGACGCCCUUCUAGUUUUCUGCCAGCCUUGAAGACACUAGUGUUUGUGAUUAAACCAGCCAUCACCUUGUCCGUUUGUUUCACAGUUCCACAGGAAGUUAAAUCUGUGUGCAGAGAGAGGGCUUCCCCCCACAGGCCAUAUGUCUGCAACCCACCAUAUGGAUCGAAGGCAGUUUCUCUCGCUCUUGAAUUGCUGCUCCAAUUUUUGUGUGGGCUUGAGUAGAGCGUUGUCUAUUGAUUGCUUCAUUCGAUUCAAGUACCAAA